CAUAUAUAUUUGUUGUUUAAAAAUACAUUGAUGACGAAAACAAUGAUAAAAAUAGUAAAGAUAAUCCGUGAGAAAAUGACGCCUCAGUAAUUUUCAUAGGCCAAAGUGCCUUUUCAAAAAACAAACUUCAACGCGCAACGUCGCGUAUGUAACAUCAACUGCUAACCAAGACGUGAGCAAUUACUCCCUAAUAAGAGGAGUCACAAAAGUGUAAACACAUUUUCACUCAGUAAAUAGAUCCAGUAGUCUCGACAUUGUUUCAAUGUUUAGAAUUUGGAGACUAGGACGCGCUGGAAAGAAGCUAAUCUUGACGUAUCAAAAUCUUUGAAAAAGUUCAUUCAUGCAUCAUCCGCGACAGGCUCCUGCAAAACCCGCCGAGAGAGUUGCAUGGUUUCGGUUGGGUCGACCUUCCGAGAUAAUCAAACAAGAAAACCCGGUUUUGAUAAUUCCACCGAAUCACAAAAUUUUGGAGAUCACGAGGGCAGGUUGGACAAGCAGCUGUCACGCGUAAAGAGCCAAACAGGAAAGAAAAUAGUGGGUUGGUAACUUACAUUUGCAUCAUGGAGCGGCGUCCGGAUGGUUUGUGGUCAUGUCUUGUAUGUGCUGCAUCCAUAUUGUCUAUUCUAAUCACAACCGGCGGUCCAUACGCUUUUGGAUUACUUCUUCCACCAUUAAUGGAUGAAUUUAACACAACCAGACAAGAAACAGCAUGGGUUGGAUCCUUGAACGGAGCAUUUGGCCAUUUCCUCAACCCACUUAGUGUUCAUGUUGCAGAUCUGUUCGGACUCCGGGCUGCAGCCAUUCUUGGAUCCUUGUCGGGCAUCAUUGGCUUAUGCCUGGCUUCAUUCUCUCAAAAACUUUGGAUAAUGUUUCCAACAUAUGGUUUCCUGACGGGAUUUGGAUUUAUGACGAUCUUUAGUGUAUCGGUACUAGCUGCAUUGCAAUAUUUUGUGAAAUGGCGUUCCAUAGCUGCUGGGCUGGUUGCUUCUGCAACAUCAGUUUCCAUGUUUGCGAUGACGCAAAUGAUUCAAGCACUGCUGAGUGCCUUUGGUUGGCGAGGGGCCAUGCGUGGAAUGGCGGGCCUAUGUUUUAUUUGUGGAUUGAGUUCAGCUGUGUACUUACCGAUGAACAAGGCAAAGGAAAAUAAUGAACUAAAGAUGAAAACAAUCGAGACAAUCAAGAAAAAGGAAAAUGAAUCCCAUGUACUUAAGAACCGCAGAUUCUUGGUGUUUUGCGCGUCCAUAACAGUUACUACUCUGGGUUUUUAUAACCCCAUUAUUCAUAUCAUUAAACACUGCCAGCAAGAACUUAAUAUCCCCGAAGAAAGAUCAUUUAUGCUUUACACCUACCUCGCUGUCGCCUCUCUCAUCAGCCGCUUCGUGUUCUGCAAGUUAGGAGACUUCCAAUGCGUCAGCCGUUUCGUUCUUUAUCGAGUCUCUGUGGUCAUAUAUGGGAUAUGUGUGUUACUGUUACCAUUUGUCGAAACGUUUAACUCUUUGGUAGUAAUAUUUGUUGUUUUUGGACUAAUGGAUGGUGGCGCUUUCGGUCAGUUCUCCCUUCUUGUAUUGAACUGUGUUGGUCAAAGAAAAGUAAACCAAGGCUGGGGCUACGCCAUGUUCAGUGUGGGUUUUGGAAUGGGACUUGGGCCUCCUCUUGCAGGUUAUAUGGCGGACGAGUUUGGUUCAUACGACCUGGCCUUCUAUAUAUCUGGAGUAGUGCUUAUAGCCGGAGCUGCCAUUACACUGCUGAUAAAGUGUAUAAAACAACCAGCAAGAAUUGAAGUCAUUGAAGAGGAAAAUACCGCUCAAAAAUUUGGACUUCUAGUUGUGGAGAAAGUCUCUGUUCUUUAAUUUGUUGCAGGAGUAAAAGUGUUCCUAAUCAAUAUAUGCAACUGAUAUAAAUAGAUAAAUAAAUAGAUAGAUAGAUAAAUAUAAUACUAAUCAAAAAGUAAAAGGCAUGGUUUUCAGGGAAACGAAGGAGGAAUCAGUCGUCUCUAACCAAGUUUAAAGGAGGGACUGUAGAAAGUUUAUUGCCAAUGAGAGAGAACAUAAUGAUAUACUACGAAGCCCUAUGGAGGAUCGGGUAAGUUUUGUUGUGACACGACUGAAUUCUUCCUACCCCUUUCCCCCAUCUUCCAAGUGAUCUGAUAUUAGAAACCUUAAGAACCACGACGGCGACGGCAACGAGGACGUGGAAAACCAAGAGAUCUAAUUAGCAGAACAAUA